CCCACCCCCCCUCUUCUCUCCUCCGGAGCCGGCGCUGUGCCCGGGGCGCACCGGGAGGAGGGACCAGGAUCCAGCGCUGGGGCGCAGAUACUGACACCAAGGGAAUCCGGGUACCCCCCCACGCCAUGUGGGCCCCCAGGUACCCGGCUCCUCCACCCCGGAGGCCCCCAUGGCCCCGGCCUCAAUCCUGGCCAGGCAGAGAUUAUGCGGACAUUCAGGGAUAGGCUUCACCACAGAGACCUCUGGCCUCUCCGAACCACUUCACCCCACCCUACACUCUUAGCCGUCUUCGGCAGGUCUCAGUGCCGGCUCCAUCGGUGCUUUAGCCCGAGCCGCAGCAAUGCUGCACACCGAGGGCCACGCUCUUCUUCGGGCGGUCGGUCAGGGUAAGCUACGCUUGGCCCGUUUGCUUCUGGAAGGAGGAGCCUACGUGAAUGAGGGUGAUGCCCAGGGGGAGACUGCGCUAAUGGCGGCCUGUAGGGCCCGCUACGACGACCCUCAGAACAAGGCACGGAUGGUACGCUACCUCCUGGAGCAAGGCGCGGACCCCAACAUCGCAGACCGUUUAGGACGCACCGCGCUCAUGCACGCUUGCGCCGGGGGUGGGGGAGCCGCAGUGGCCUCUCUGCUCCUUGCCCACGGCGCAGACCCCUCAGUCCGAGAUCACGCUGGCGCCUCUGCGCUUGUCCACGCCCUGGACCGGGGGGACCGCGAGACCCUUGCCACGUUGCUGGACGCCUGUAAGGCCAAGGGCACGGAGGUCAUCAUCAUAACCACGGAUACCUCGCCCUCGGGCACCAAGAAGACCAGGCAGUAUCUCAAUUCCCCACCGUCCCCGGGGGUGGAGGACCCUGCACCCGCUCCUCCCAGCCCAGGGGUCUGCACGUCGCCUUCGGAAGUCCAACUGCAGACUGCAGGAGGAGGACGCGGGUUGUUAUCCCCUCGAACCCAAGAAGAAGAGGAGAAAAGAGACAUAUUUGAAUUCCCUCUUCCUAAGCCCCCUGAUGACCCUUCCCCUUCCGAGCCUCUCCCCAAGCCUCCCCGACAUCCUCCAAAACCACUCAAAAGGCUCAACUCGGAGCCCUGGGGCCUUGUGGCUCCUCCUCAACCUGUCCCUCCUGCGGAAGGGAGGCCGGGUAUGGAGCGCCUGGCGACUGAAUUCAACGGCCUGACCCUGACGGGUAGACCGCGUCUUUCUCGGCGUCACAGCACCGAAGGCCCGGAGGACCCGCCCCCAUGGGCGGAGAAAGUGACGGGCGGGGGUCCUCUGUCGCGCCGGAACACAGCGCCCGAGGCUCAGGAGUCUGGUCUUCCUUCAGGGCUAAGGCAAAAACUGAGCCGCAUGGAGUCGGUGGAGCUCGACACUCCUGGACAUUUUUGCCCUGACUCGCCCGAGUCCAGCCGCUUAUCCCUGGAGCGCCGGCGAUACAGCGCCUCUCCGCUGACCCUCCCUCCAGCGGGCUCAGUUUCCUCCCCGCGCCAGUCCCAGGAAAGUCUGCCCGGGGCUGUAUCCCCGUUGAGCGGACGGAGGCGGAGUCCUGGGCUGCUGGAGCGCAGGGGUUCCGGGACCUUGCUCCUGGACCACAUCUCGCAAACUCGACCGGGUUUCUUGCCUCCUCUCAACGUCAGCCCCCACCCUCCCAUCCCCGACAUUCGCCCCCAAGCCGGAGGUCGGGCACCCUCACUGCCUGCCCCUCCUCACUCUGGGGCACCAGGAUCUCCUAGGACCAAGCGCAAGUUGGUGAGACGCCACUCCAUGCAGACUGAGCAGAUUCGCCUGCUAGGGGGUUUCCAGAGUCUAGGCGGGCCAGGGGAACCAGGGCGCUGAAAGAAGUGAUGGCGCCAGGGAGGGGGAGGGUCAGGAUCCUGAUGGCAGGAAAACCAGCUGAUACCUCGGACUCCGGACCUUUUGCAUGUGCUCACGGCACUGUGCACGCACACAUGGGUAAGCAUGUGUCCACAAGCACAGUACACUUACUAGUGAAGGGAGGAUACAUACUGUGUUCCCUGGGUGUAUAGACUCACGUGUUCAUGCCCUGGUCAUUUCACAAGUACAUGGGGACUACUUGGGUACCCAUAGGCACAGCACACCAACAA